AACAAUGAAAUAACACUUAUCUCAAUUAUUUCAGGUUCGCCAAAAUAGUAAACAAAUUUUUUAACAAAAUGAUGUUCGUGCAAUUUAUGGUAAGCGCAGUCGCGAUAUGCUUUACCCUUUAUCAAUUAACAGAAGCAAACGACAGUUUGCAAAUAAUAGGAUGGACAUCGUUCAUGUUUUCCGCUUUAAUGCAAACUUUCUACUUCUGUUGGUUCGGAGAUGCAGCGAAAGUAAAGAGCCUCGAUAUUUCUAAUAUGGUAUAUAAUAGCGAUUGGGCAAAUUUGAGCAACGACGCCAGGAAGAUGCUUGUGAUAAUCAUGGCACGUUCAUUGACGCCUGUCGAGAUUACAAGUGCCUACAUUCUACCCUUGAACUUGGAAUCUUUCAAAGGUAGCAAAUCCGAUUCGAUGACUACUAAUUGUAAAGACCAAAGACUUUAUACCUGA